AUGCCGUGCCCGGCUUCAAGAUGGCGGCGCCUGCCCCGCCGAUGUCGCCACGGCAACGCAGCGGGCCUGGGCGGCGGGGCCUGGGCGGGGCCUAGGGGUCCCCACGGUGGCCCCCGGGGCCACGGUGACCCCAGGGAUGUCCCCAGAGCCGUGGUGUCAUGGCCACAGGGAUGCGCCCUGUGGCUGUGGUGGUCUCCAGGGCCACAGUGUCCCAGGACCAUGGUGUCCCCAGGGCUGUGGUGGCCCCAGGGCCACAGUGUCGUCGUCACCUGGAUGGCCGCAGUGGCCAUGGUGUCCCCAGGACCACGCACUGGGGCUGUGGCGCUGGAAGGGACCCCCGGGACCCCCAACGCCUCCGAGUGGGACCUCGCCAGCCUUCUCUUCGUCACCACCCUCCUCACCACCGUGGGCUACGGCUCGGUGGCCCCCUUCUCGGCAACCGGCAAAGCCUUCUGCAUGGCCUACGCCGUGGUGGGCGUCCCCAUCACCAUGUUGACGUUGACGGCAGCCGUCCGGCGGUUGACGGUGCCCUUGGUCCACCGUCCCCGGUUGUACCUACAGGCGCGAUGGGGCUACAGCCGGCGUGGGGCCGCCCAUAUCCACUUCAUCUUCAUGGUGGGGGUCACCUCGGGAGUCUUGGUGCUUCUCCCGCUGCCGGGGUUCUACGUCCUUGAAGGUACUUGGAGCUACUUGGACGCCGUCUACUUCUGCGUCAUCUCUCUUUGCACCAUUGGGUUGGGGGAUCUCGUGCCGGCCGAAGCACCGGGUCAACCAUUGAGGCAACUCUACCAAGUAGCCGUAGCCGCGUAUCUGCUGCUGGGGUUGACGGGCGUCCUGCUGUUGGCGCAGACCUUCCAUCGGUUGGCCGAGCUCCACGGCAUCACCAGCGUCGCUGGCGGCAUCUCCGGCACCGGAUGAAGCUGCCGAGUUGUUGGAGGGGACGAGGGAUGAGGAGAAACCAGCCAGGGGGGGCCAA